AUGCAUUGGCCCCAUCCACAAUUAUCAUGCCCACAUGCCUUCUUUUAUCAUCAUGCUCUAAUAAGUAAUAAACCUUCUCUUUCUCACUCACACACUCUCCUCUGUUCACAUAUUAUCAUUUAUAAUUCUCUUUUCCACAUCCUCAAUAUCUUCUCCUUCUUCUUUUUCUUCUACUUCAAACUAGUUUUUGAUUCUGUGAAUGAUUUAAGAAAAAAAUAAAUAAAAAACAGUGUUCAGUAAUGUCUGCAAAGUUUCUCCGUGUUUUUUCUGAUGAAAACUCUGACCUGAAGAAGCAGAUUGGUUGCAUGGCUGGUUUCUUUCAAAUGUUUGAGCGCCAUCAGUUUCUUUCUCCAAGACUUUCUCAUAGACUCACUCAUAAGAGAUCCAUUUCUUCAGGCCAUGCACAUUCAUCAUCAAACAGUAGCAGUCCAAUUACUGAGUUUGUUCUGGAGAAGAGUCAUAGCAAGAAUUGUAGUGAAAAUCAAAGAGUUUCAAUGGAGUCAUCAAGGACAUCAUUCUCAUCUUCAUCAUGUUCUUCUUCAUUCUCUUCUCUAGAUUGUAACAAAUCAACACAAGAACCUCAACCCAAUGAAUCACUUGAUUUCCGAGAUGUUGUCAAGGAUUCUAUAUACAAAGAAGCUCGAGGUCUUUCGAUAAAAACAUUGACCAAAGAGAAGGAUGAAUUCAAGAAGAAGAAUGCAUUUAAGCAUAGAGAUUCUCCGAGGCCGGAUUCGAAAUCAAGAAUAGCAAUGCAAAUGAAUGAAUCUCUUCGAGUUUUAGCUAGACUCAAAGAAGCACAUUGUGAAGAAGAACCAAGACCAUCAUUUGAAAGCAAAACCUCUUCGAAGAUUCAUUUGGUAUCAAGAGAUAGUCCUAGAUACUCAUAUGAUGGAAGAGAUGAUGCUAAGCUUGUUUCCAAACUCAAAGAGUCUCCAAGAUUGUCACUUGAUAGUAGUACUGAUUCUUGUAAGAUUAGUAUGAACCGAAAAAGUCCGAAAAGUUUGAGUUUUGAGCAAGAAUCAAGUAGCCAAAUACGGCAUUCGGUUGUCGUUGCAAAGCUCAUGGGUUUAGAGGCAAUGCCAAAUAAUGUUCAAGAACAACCAACAAUUAUAUCAAGUAGUUUUAACAACAAUGUUUGUGGGAAGAAGAAGAAGAACAAGUGUCAAGAAAGAAAACCGAUGACGACAACUGCGAGGAUUCCAAUUGAGACAGCUCCAUGGAGGCAGCAGGAGAAGCUCCAUGUUGCGAAGAAGGCACCAUUCCGACACCGGCCUGAAUUUGUUCAUAGUGAAAUAGAGAAGAGACUGAAAGAGCUUGAGAUCUUGCAAACCAAUAAGGACCUCAUGGAUCUCAAACUGUUGUUGGAUGCUAUACAAGUUCCGAAGAGCACUAAUCGAGCUUCUGAAUCUCCAAUUGUCGUAAUGAAGCCGAUGAAACCUAUUAGCAAAGCAAGUGCUAGUCCUUCCUCUGCUGUUGUUCCUUUAGAAGGCUUGUCAAAGCUUAAAAUGUCGCGAAGAAGCGAGACAUUGGAGAAGAAGAACAGGCCUGUGACUGUGAAUAAUAAGACUGAGGAAAAUUGUUUACCAAGACCUCCGUCAAGAAUUCAGCUGCCGCGUAAAGAGAUCAAUGGAAAUUCGAUUAAAACUUCAGGCUCUAUAAGCCCUAGAUUGCAGCAGAAAAAGUUAGGAGAGGAGAAAAAAAUACGUCGGCCUCCUACGCCUUCUUCGGACUUGAAUCAGCCUCAAAGACAAUCUCCAAGCAAGCAGUCAUCCGAAUCAGUUUCUCCAAGAGGUAAACUAGGAAGAAAACCUGCCAAAAAAACAGUAUCCGUCGAUGCCCAAUCAAGCGAAGCAAGCACUGAAACAAGAAAAGAUGAGACUUCUUUAAAAUCAUAUAGCAACAUUAGCCUGGUUUCAACACAGGCAGACAUUGAAGUAACAAGUGCUGAUAGAUCUUCGGAACACAAUAAAUCUUCGGUUAAUUUGAAAGAAGAUGCUGCUACUGCUGCUCCUCCUGAACAACCAAGUCCAAUGUCUGUCUUGGAUGCUUCAUUUUGCCAGGUUGACAUGAUGCAAUCUCCAGUCAAAACAAUUUCCAAUUCAUUCAAAGAUUCAUCUUCAGAAAUUAAUCACAAGAAGCUCAAAAGCAUUGAAAUCUUAGUUCAGAAGCUCAGCCAACUAAGUUCAGAAGACGGCGAAACUCAAACCACAGACCACAUUGCAUUGCUGUGCGACACUCAAAAACCCGAUCACCGAUACGUAUCAGAGAUACUCCUUGCCUCAAGCCUUCUAAUGAAGGAUCUCACUGCAAUGCCUCUUCAGCUUCAUUCUUCUGGCCAUCCAAUCAAUCCUGACUUGUUCCUUGUGCUUGAACAAACAAAAUCACAGACCAAUAUUCUCCGGCCAAAGAAUGACACCGAAAAACUUCAUCGGAAGCUCAUUUUUGAUGUAGUUAAUGAAGUGCUAGUCCAGAAGCUAGAACUAACAAGUCCAUACAUUAAAACCAGAAAACUCUCGAGAAUUCUUCCGACCGGACAACGAUUACUAAGACAAGUUUGCUCAGAGAUUGAUCAAUUGGAGAAUGAAAAGCUUGAAAGGUGAAAACAGCGAGAAUGACGAUAAUUUGGUAUCUGGUGAACAAGUAUUGAAGAAGUCAGUGGAAUGGCAACAUUUUGGAAGUGAAAUGGAAGAGAUUGUUUUGGAGAUUGAAAGAUCAAUAUUCAAGGAACUGAUUGAUGAUGUUGUUUGCUGUGAGCUUGAUGCUGCUGUUGCUGCAUUGCAAACAAAAAAUCAGAGGAGGAGAAAACAAUUGUUUUGCCAAGUGAUUGCAUGAAAUUCCAAGUCAAAAUUCAUGCUUUUGUUCUACAAA